AUGAUCCCCAACAUGUUUAAGAUUGCAGGGGAACUGCUCCCCUGCGUGAUGCACGUUGCCGCGCGUGCUCUUGCAGGACAGGCCCUGUCCAUCUUCGGAGACCACAGCGAUGUGAUGGCAUGCCGCUCGACGGGCUGGGCCAUGUUGGCCUCUGAAUCUGUGGAGAUGGUACAGUACAACGCCUUGGUUUCUCACUUGGUCUCCAUGGAGCGCCGCGUCCCAGUGCAGCACUUCUUCGAUGGCUUCCGCACAAGCCAUGAGGUGAACAAGGUGAAGCUGGUGGACUACAACACCAUGAAGGACUUUAUCAAUUGGGACGCCAUCAAGGAGCACCAUGAUCUGGCCAUGAACCCUCGGCACCCUCACGUGCAAGGCACCUCUCAGGGUCCAGACAUCUUCUUCCAGUGCGUGGAGGCGGGGAACACCUUCUACGAUGGCCUCGCGGACCUCUUUGAGGCCAAGUCCCGCUUGGUUGAGCAGAAGACAGGUGUGCACUAUGCGCUGUACGGCUACGAAGGGCACCCCGAGGCCACACAUGUGAUCGUGGUGAUGGGCAGCGGCGCGGUGACCUGCAGCGAGACGGCGAAGUACCUGCAGGAAAAGGGGCAGAAGGUUGGCGUGCUGAAGGUCCGUCUCUUCCGGCCUUGGGAUACCGCACGCUUCAUGGCGGCCUUGCCGAAGACCACGGAGCGAAUCUGUGUGUUGGACCGUACCAAGGAGCAGGGUUCACAGGGAGAGCCCCUUUUCUUGGAAGUCUCUGCCACACUGCAGCUCACAGCGCGGUCCGAUAUCGUGUGCAUUGGAGGGCGUUACGGCCUAGGCUCCAAGGAGUUCACCCCGAACAUG